AUGCUUAAUAUAUUUAUUAUUAUUUCUUUUAUGCCUUUACUUUCUCUAGCAGUAAAUCAAGAAGGGAUGAAAUUUUGUAAUUUUCCAAAGCCUUCUUGUACCGAAGUAAUUACCCAAACUAAAUAUGUCAAGGAAGACACUGAUUUUGGAAUGAAACGAAUUAUUUUCAAUAGCAAGAAAGGAACAUGUAAUCGAAAUCUAGAGGUAUGGGAAGAUGCAAUAAUUAUUGACAAUAAUGCUACUAUAAGUAAUCUUAUCUUGGGGGAAUCUCCUAUCGGUACAGCUUCAAGUAUAACGUGCAAAGGCUCUUGUACUCUUAAAAAUGUUUAUAUGGAGAACGCUUGUUGGCGUGGUUUUAGCUUUAUUGGAGCAUCAAAUGUACAACCAGGAGAAAAAAGGAACUAUACUUAUGUAGUAGAUGGUGGAGCUGUUUUAGACGGUUUUCAAAAAAUUAUUGGACAGGGAGAGCGAGCAAUGACCAUCGUUAAAGAUUUCUGUUCUGUUAACAACUCGAUAGGUAUUUGCUCUGCUGGGGCGGGUAAAAUUAUUGUUGUAGAUACAAGAUUCAAAGGACCAAUGCUUAAUAUAUUAUGUACAAACCGCAAACACAAAGAUAGAUUAACUCUACGUAACAUAACACUUUAUGGAAAUAACAACCCUGCAACAAAAAUUAAAUAUGCCUGUGUUGAACACAUAGAAAAUCAAGUGAGUGAUGCAAAUCCUUGGAAAUAUGCGUACAAACCUGGGGAAGCUGGAUCAAGCGAUGUAUCGUGUAAAUACCCAGCUUCAGCAUUUAAAAUAAUUAAUUGA